CCAGGCAGUGUGCGAACUGUGCGACGGCUGGCUGCUCCGCGGGCUCCCGCGCUCACGCUGCCCUCGAGCGGCGCGCCCGGCCGCAGCCCUUCGCGCAGGCGCCCCCGCCGCCCGCCCCGACGGCGCCCGCUAGCCCGCCCGCCCGCGGAUGCUGGAGUGAGCGCGGCAGCGGCGGGAUGUUGGCGCUGCUGGCCGCUGGCGUGGCGCUCGCCGUGGCCGCCGGGGCCCAAGACGGCCAGGCGCCCGGCAACCGCUUCGUGUGCACUGCUUUGCCCCCGGAGGCGGCGCACGCCGGCUGCCCACUGCCCGCGAUGCCCAUGCAGGGCGGCGCGCUGAGCCCCGAGGAGGAGCUGCGGGCCGCGGUGCUGCAGCUGCGUGAGACCGUCGUGCAGCAGAAGGAGACGCUGGGCUCGCAACGCGAGGCCAUUCGCGAGCUCACGGCCAAGCUGGCGCGCUGCGAGGGGCUUGCGGGGGGCAAGGCGCCGGGCCGGGCGGCCUCGGGCAAGGACACCAUGGGCGACCUGCCGCGGGACCCUGGCCACGUCGUGGAGCAGCUCAGCCGCUCUCUGCAGACCCUCAAGGACCGCCUGGAGAGCCUCGAGCACCAGCUCCGAGUGAACGUGUCCAGCGCGGCGCUGCCCGGUGACUUUCGGGAGGUGCUCCAGCGGCGGCUGGGGGAGCUGGAGAGGCAGCUGCUGAGCAAGGUGGCCGAGCUGGAGGAUGAGAAGUCCCUGCUCCACAACGAGACCUCGGCUCACCGCCAAAAGACGGAGAGCGCCCUGAACGCGCUGCUGCAGAGGGUGACCGAGCUGGAGCGAGGCAACAGUGCUUUCAAGUCGCCUGAUGCCUUCAAAGUGUCCCUCCCCCUCCGCACGAACUACCUGUACGGCAAGAUCAAGAAGACGCUGCCCGAGCUGUACGCCUUCACCAUCUGCCUGUGGCUGCGGUCCAGCGCCUCGCCGGGCAUCGGCACCCCGUUCUCUUACGCGGUGCCCGGGCAGGCCAAUGAGAUCGUGCUGAUAGAGUGGGGCAACAACCCCAUUGAGCUGCUCAUCAACGACAAGGUCGCACAGCUGCCCCUGUUUGUCAGUGACGGCAAGUGGCACCACAUCUGUGUCACCUGGACAACGCGGGACGGCAUGUGGGAGGCCUUCCAGGAUGGGGAGAAGCUGGGCACCGGGGAGAACCUGGCCCCGUGGCACCCCAUCAAGCCGGGGGGUGUGCUGAUCCUCGGGCAGGAGCAGGACACGGUUGGGGGCAGGUUCGAUGCCACGCAGGCAUUCGUGGGGGAGCUCAGCCAGUUCAACAUAUGGGACCGCGUCCUCCGUGCACAAGAGAUCAUCAACAUCGCCAACUGCUCCACGAACAUGCCGGGCAACGUCAUCCCCUGGGUAGACAACAACGUGGACGUGUUUGGAGGGGCUUCGAAGUGGCCGGUGCAGACCUGCGAGGAGCGUCUCCUUGACUUGUAGCCGCCUGCUCCUCUGCCCAGGAGGCGGGGGUCGGGCCGUUCCCCUUCCUCCCCCGGUGGAACCGUGUGUAAACAAACCUCCUGCCGUAGUGCGCCGGGACUCCCAAAGCCCUUUCCCAGGGCAUCUCUAAGCCUGAGGCGUUUGUCACCAGCUUAUUUGUUCCUAACCAAGAUUUUGUUGGUUUUGGGGGAGGGGGAAGAAGCCCUGAGCCGCAGGUGGGUGGAUUUCUGACUUCUGCUGUGCAGGGACUCUUGUCCUUAAAGCCCUGUUCAGCACCCCUGUAAAUGCUAGCGCACCCCAGCCCUGCCCACCCUCUCGGAUCCUUGGUGUCUCGUGUGCGCCGUCUGUCCGUCCCCUUCAGAGGCUGUGCAUCCGUCCCGCUGGAGUGGCCGCGUCCCUUGUGUGUUGAGUACCCCCUGCUGUCAACUGAGCACGCAGCAAACCGCCCCCACCCCGUUCCACCCUCCCCCGCAAAGGGCCUUUCUCUUGAUGCUCUUUACGCUGUGAAUCUUUCCGUCCCAGGAACUCAUAAGUUUACUGAGGAAGGCGGGCUGCCCGGACAAUGCCCUGCCUCCUCCAAGGUGGAGGGGGCGCCCAUGGCUCCAGAGAGGGGGCUGUGAACGUGAACUCAGAACGGAGAAGGGCCAUGGCAGCUGUCCCUCCCCCUCUGUCACCUCUCCCUCUGACCCGUGCUUUGGCAGAAUCCUGGUUGGGUAUGGCUUUGAAAGGUGUCUUUUCUCCACUGGUGCCAAAAGUUCAGUUGCAGCUUUUACAACCAUUCGGUGUGGUUUGGGGAAUUGAUUUUUUUUUUUUUUUUCCCAACAGAAAAGAGCAGCCAUUAGCUGGAUCCCAUGUUUGAUGUCUCGCCCCACUGUGAGGAGCGUGCUAGUUUUUGUUUUUUGUGUUUUUUUGGACGUGCUAGUUUUAACUCAUGUUGAUUCCUGUAAGCAUUUGACUGUCUCCAGUAUUUCCCCCAGAAUGUUUUCAGGAAAUGGAUGUCAUUUGGCUGAUGUCUGCUUAGUGACUCCAGGCUGAUUAAUUUAUUGGACAGAGGUAGUAAUUUAUUUUAAAGAUAACGUGAUUAGUGGGGAAAUUUAUACAGCUAAAUAUUAUAUAUUUUAUUUUUCAUACAUGUUUGAAGUGCAAAUCUGUGGAUAUUCCAUUUGUAGGACCAAGUCGACAUGCCCAUCCUAACACUGUAUGCUACAAGAACUCUUCUGAUGAUGGAAUUUUGAUUAAAAUGCACUGGAAGAUGC